AUGUCCUUCUAUGCUAUCGCCGAGGUAGAAAACGGCAUCAGGUUGACGGAUGGCAAUGAAUCCGACAUGUUUCACAACGGGAUAUCGAAUUAUACUACGAUGAUGAACGACACGAUAGCAUACUCAAAUGAUGACAACACGGGUCUCUAUACACCUGCGCAACAAGCUGUCCUUGGCUAUGUGUCCGUGUUGACCGGGCUUGGUUCCUUCCUAGGAUCCUUGACCAUUGCCUACGUGAUUUAUCACGAUGCCAAGAAAGGACGACGAGUGACUCCCUUUGAACGGCUCAUGCUGGGCAUUGCCACGAGCGAUUGCCUGUCCAGUUUUGGCAUGUCUGCCAUGGGACCCUGGGCCGUGCCAAGCUCUGUCGACUACGUCUUUGGAGCCGUGGGGAAUUGGAAUACCUGUGAUGCCAGUGGUUUCUUCUUUUCGUUCAUCAACGCCACGUCGUACUACAAUUUGGGAUUGGCGCUGUACUUUUUAUGGACCCUGCGACUCGAGUGGAGAAUGGAAACGUAUGCCCAACGAGUCGAACCCUUGAUUCAUCUCGUUGCCUGGAUUUCGUCCGCGGGAGUCAGUAGCGCAUCCAUGGUGCACAAGUGGUAUGUGCCCCUCUAUGUGUUGCCCGGUUGGUGCUACUUUGGGGUAUACCCACCACGCUGCAAUUAUUAUCAUGAGGACGGACAACAUCACUGUGAACGAGGCGGAGAUAUAAUCUGUCCCAACGAUAUUCUCUGUCCGGAUCAAAUAUUACUCAGUCUCACGGCCGGUACCACUGGAUGGCUCUUGUGCGCCGUGGGCAUUACCAUUUCCAUGAUUCUAUUGUACUUGCGGGUCCGACACUUGGAUCAACGCAUGCAACGAUAUGCCGGCAGCAGCAGUGAUGCCUUUCGACGAUCCCGAGAAACCGGAAUCCAAGCAUGCCUCUACAUUUUGGCCUAUUACAUGAUUUCCUUCCCCGGAUUCUUGCAACGCCUGUUUCUGGGCAGUUUCCCCGACACGACGCCGCACAAUCGGCGCCUCUAUUUUGGAUUCUGCUUUGUUACCAAAUUCGUGGCGCCCAUGGGAGGCAUAUUCAAUUGCUAUAUUUUCUUGCGCAAACGCCUGGGACGACUCAUGUCCGACGGAGAGUGCCUAUCCUUUGUCAGUACGAUUCGACAAAGUGUGUUUCGGGCAUCCGUAGGUGUCACGAGCAGCAGUGUGCGUACCAAUCCGGGGGAUGCAUCUUCCAUCCAGAGCCAUAAUAAUGAGGUGGCUUCUGUUGUCAACAGCAACGAGGCAUCGUCCGUCAGGAGUCAUCACGGCAACAACAAUCAACAAGAGGAAAUCACCAAGGACACUACGGAUGCAAGCAAACGCAAAGAGGAUCGACAGAGGUAUCGGCUACAAAUGCUGGAACUAGCCAACUCCAAUGAUGGUUUCUCGGAGGGAGAUCGUGAAUCCUCUGCGUUCUCGUUUCAUUGAUUGCAAACGAAAGAGCAAACAAACAAGUGGGGGCUCGUGUACACACAAUGGAUACGUUGGUCAAGUAAAUGUGAGUGUGGGCUGUGGCAGCACGUGCGUCUACUCGUAUGUGUAGGAGCAAUCAAGUCUACGAUUGAAUUGGGGAAGGAGGAGCCACAAUAGGUUUCAACAAAUGUGCAGUAAUUCUUCAUGGGAGCUAUACUUUAGAUGAAUUUACAAGUCGCACAGGCAAAAUGUGGCCACGCUGUAGAUUCGAAACAACCCAAUUGACUUUCCUAGCCAAGGAAGGGUACUGUACUAGUUAGCCAGGUCAGGUCUGUGAUUUUUAUUUGGUGCUCG